UGCACGCCAAACCUGGAUCCCACCCCCGCGGUGGGUCGCGCCCGGGGACACCCGGGACUUUGGCUCGCUAGCUGCUGUCACCUCCGGGGAAUGGGAAUAAGCAGCCCAGCCCUCGACUCGACCGACCUACACCGGGAGAGCCAGGCAGGGGUGGGAACGACGCCCCCACCUAAGGCCUGGCCAGUUGCCACCACCCCCAGUCUCCCCCAGGGAGAAGCGAUUGAAAACUAUUUUUCCAAGGAGGGGUCCCAACUGGGACACUCCCGAUGUCAGGCCUGGGUGGACAGGUUGACUGAGACCAGACAUUUCCUCAGCCUGGCCUUCCCCCUUCAGCAUGAACUCCGGGAUCCCAUUCAGCAGUCGCCCACCCACCCCUGAAUCUGACCUGGAACCCUCCACCAAUGAAUCGGCCUCUGAGACCACCACCCUUGGCCCAGAAACUACCAGUUUUAACAACACCAGAGUCCCUGAUGUGGCUGGCGGCCCAGGAAGUGUGGGCACAAUGCUUUUGUCUGUCGGAAUUAUCACGGUGAUUGGCCUAGCUGUGGCUAUGGUCUUGUACAUCAGGAAGAAAAGGAGGUUGGAGAAGCUUCGCCACCAGCUCAUGCCCAUGUACAACUUUGAUCCCACGGAGGAGCAAGAUGAACUGGAACAGGAGCUGCUGGAACACGGGCGGGACGCUGCCUCUGUGCAGGCUCUGCAGGGCAAGACCCCACUCCCCUCUCAGGGCCCACCGAAGAGGCCCAGCCGGCUGGAGUUCACUGACAUAGCCAAUGCCAUCAAUGCCUGAUAAGGAUCCUGCACCCAGAAUACCCACUUUGUAACUGCUGAGAUCUUCUCUUGGGACCUGCCUGCUGAAUCCCCCAGCUAACUGACUGUGAGAGAAGCCGCUGAGCAGAU